UACCACUCCUGCUUGGUUUCAUUCUUUUUUUUUUUAAUAAUUUUUCUUUAAACACAUUCACAGAGGGAGAUUGGAAAAAGACCCUUCUGUCACUCUACUUGUUUUUUUUUUGUCAGUCUUACUCCUCUCCCCGCAAGUUCAAGCUACUUCCUUGCUAAGUUGAACGCCCCCUCUACCUUUUUCACUGUUAUUUCCAAUCCCUUGCUUCAUUUCUCAUUUUCUUUCUCAUUAUAUGAACUUACCACAACCAUAAACAAGGACAUUGGACAUUGUUCUCUUACUGAUCGUUGAUCACUGCAAUCUUGAUUUUCAAGCUCUCUGAUCUUCCCACCUCUUGAAUCACUUGCUGUUAUGGAACCUGCCUACAUGGACAUCGAUGAUGCCCAGAAACUUGGUGCUGAUCCUCUACCCUCUGCUAGAAGCUAUCAACUAGAGGCACUGGAGAUGGCAUUAAAGCAAAACACAGUGCUGUUCUUGGAGACUGGUUCUGGCAAGACUUUGGUUGCAAUCAUGCUUCUGCGCAGUUACGCCUAUCUUAUUCGCAAACCUUCACAUUUCAUCGCUGUCUUCUUGGUUCCCCAUGUUGUUCUGGUCCAACAACAAGCCGAAGCUGUGGAAAUGCACACUGACUUCAAUGUGGGUCAGCUCUAUGGAGAAAAGGGAGUUGACUGCUGGGAUGCUGCUAUUUGGAAGCAACAUUUAGAAAAACAUGAGGUGCUUGUGAUGACACCACAAAUUUUGCUCGAUGGUUUGAAGCAUUCCUUUUUCAAGCUAGACUUGAUAAAGGUUUUGAUAUUUGAUGAAUGCCAUCACGCAAGGGGUAAUCACCCUUAUGCUUGUAUUUUGACAGAAUUCUAUCACCGCCAGUUAAGCUGUGGUAAUUUUAAUCUUCCAAGGAUAUUUGGAAUGACAGCUUCUCCAAUUAAAUCGAAGGGUGCAAACUCAGAACAGGCGUAUGGGCAAAAGAUUUGUGACCUUGAGAAUAUGAUGCACUCAAAGGUCUAUACAUGUGUUAGUGAUUCUGUACUCGCUGAGUUUAUACCAUUUUCAACUCCAAAGUUUAAAUUUUACAAUCACAAGGACAUCCCUUAUGCUAUAUAUGUGAGUUUAGUAGAAAAAUUGAAGAUUUUGAAAGCAAAGCAUGAAUGCAAAUUGAAGCAAUUGGAUCUCACUGAUUCUGUGGUAGAAUCUACAAGCAAGAACAUAUCAAAAAUGCAUUCUACGUUGAUGUAUUGUUUGGAUGAACUUGGUGUUUGGCUGGCUUUUAAGGCUGCACAGAUCAUAUCAUCCCAUGGAAGUAACUUUCCUUCAUGGGAUAAAUUGGAUGUGUUCGGGGACAAUAUUGUUAAAGAGUUCGGUUUUGUAGCCUCACAGGAAUUUGAUAAUUGCAUUAGAACCGCUAUUGAACAUCUAGGUCCAAAAUGGUCUAUUGGUGAUAAUGCUAAAUAUGAUGUAGAUGCUGGGCUUUUGACUACAAAAAUCUUUUGCCUCAUUGAUUCACUUCUUGAAUACAGUGAUUUAAAGGACAUAAGAUGUAUAGUGUUUGUGGAAAGGGUCAUCACAGCCAUUGUCCUUCAAUAUCUUCUCAGUGAGCUGCUUCCAAGGUAUAAUGGCUGGAAGAGUGAAUAUAUAGCAGGAAAUAACUUAGGGUUGCAAACCCAGACACGGAAAACACAGAAUGAAAUUGUGGAAGAAUUUCGUAAGGGCAAGGUGAAUAUAAUCAUUGCAACCUCAAUUCUUGAGGAAGGUUUAGAUGUACCAAGUUGCAACUUGGUAAUUAGAUUUGAUCCUUCAGCUACAGUUAGCAGUUUCAUACAGUCCCGAGGUCGUGCUAGGAUGCGUAAUUCGGACUAUUUGUUAAUGGUGAAGAGUGGGGAUCUUUCUACAUGUUCUCGACUACAGAACUAUCUUUCUAGCGGAGAUAUAAUGAGAAAGGAGUCCAUACGCCUUGCUUCUGUUCCUUGUUCACCUCUUAAGAUUGAAUUACAUGAUGAUGAGUUUUAUUGUGUUGAAAGCACUGGAGCAGUUGUGACUCUGACCUCUAGCGUCCGUUUGAUAUAUUUCUAUUGCUCACGUCUCCCUUCUGAUGGGUAUUUUAAACCUGCCCCAAGGUGUGUUAUUGACAAGGAGAGGGAGGUUUGCACAUUGCAUCUGCCAAAGAGUUGUGAUAUACAGAAUAUUUGUGUACAAGGAAACAUUAAAACUUUAAAGCAGAAGGCUUGCCUUGAAGCAUGCAAGGAACUUCACAAGAUUGGUGCUUUAACUGAUAAUCUUGUUCCUGAUAUUGUUAUGGAAGAAGUUGUUGCUCAAGAAGUUGGGAACAUGCCCUAUGAUGAUGAACAGCCUAUGUACUUCCCACCUGAGCUGGUCAGCCAAGGUUCAAAGGAGUCAAAAGGAACGUACUACUGCUACUUAAUUGAAUUAAACCAGAAUUUUCAUUCUGACAUUCCUGUACAUAAUAUUAUACUUGUCAUGGGGAGUGAGCUGGAAUCAGAUAUCUUAAGUCUGGAUUUUGAGUUAGAAGUUGAUAGAGGACUAUUGACUGUGAAAUUAAAGUAUAUUGGAGAGAUUGAUCUUACUACAGAGAUGGUCCUUAUAUGUAGGAAGUUUUUGAUCGCUCUUUCCAAAGUUCUUGUGGAUCAUAAUGUAAAUGAACUAGAAGAGAUUUUGAAUGGUUUGCGGCUGAGGAAAGACCCCGAGAUUGAUUAUUUCCUGCUUCCAUCCAUGGCCUCAUGCCAGAAACCUGUCAUUGACUGGAGUUCCAUUGUGUCUGUACUGUUCUCAUAUGCUAAUGCAUGGGAAGAUCAUGUGAAAUGUCCUCUGAAGGACUCUGCACAUAUUAUAUGGACGAAAAAUGGUCAGGUAUGCAAAUGCAUGCUUGAGAACUCCUUAGUCUACACUCCACAUAAUGGAGAAGUAUAUUGCAUAAAAGGCAUAUUCAAUCAUUUGGAUGGACGGUCACUUUUGAGGUUGAAGAAUGGAGAUUGUAAAACUUACAAGGAAUAUUACAAAGAUAAGCAUGGCAUCAAUCUGAGUUUUGAUCAACAAUUACUUCUUCGUGGACGGCAUAUUUUUCCAUUGCAGAAUUACCUUGAUAGAUGCAGACAACACAAGGGGAAAGAUUCACAAAAUGCAUAUGUCCAGUUACCUCCUGAACUUUGUUGCAUUAAAAUGUCACCUAUAUCCAUAAGUACUUUCUAUUCGUUUACAUUUGUUCCAUCAAUCAUGCAUCGGCUUGAGUCUUUGCUCAUUGCUGUCAACUUGAAGAAAUUGCAUUUGGAUCAAAUGCGAAAUGUCAUUAUUCCAACCAUCAAGGUUUUGGAAGCAAUUACCACAAAAAAGUGUCAAGAGAAAUUUCAUUUGGAAUCACUAGAGACUCUUGGAGAUUCUUUUCUUAAAUAUGCUGCUAGUCAGCAGCUAUUCAAAACAUAUCAAAAUUAUCAUGAGGGCCUUCUCAGUAUUAAGAAGGAAAAGCUUAUUAGUAAUGCUACACUUUGCAAAUUAGGAUGCGACCGCAAACUUCCGGGAUUCAUCCGCAAUGAGUCUUUUGAUCCUAAAAACUGGAUGAUUCCUGGUGAUACUCAUGGAUAUUCAUUACAUGAGGAGUUUCUCUCCAAUGCAAGGAGUAUAUACAUAAUAAGAAGAAGAAAACUAAAAAGGAAGGUUGUUGCUGAUGUUGUUGAGGCACUUAUUGGCGCUUACCUUAGUGCAGGUGGUGAAACAGCUGCCUUAUUAUUUCUGAAUUGGAUUGGUAUAGAGGUAGAUUUUUUGAAUACACCAUAUGAACCGCAAUUCAAAGUGAACCCAGAGAAGUACAUUAAUAUCCGCCGCUUAGAGUCGCUAUUGAAUUACUCUUUUAAAAAUCCUUCUCUGUUAUUGGAAGCACUUACUCAUGGUUCUUACAUGCUUCCUGAGAUUCCAAGAUGUUAUCAGCGGCUGGAAUUUCUUGGAGACUCAGUGUUAGAUUACCUUAUCACAGUUUAUUUGUAUGAAAAGUAUCCUGGGAUGUCGCCAGGACUAUUAACUGACAUGAGAUCUGCUUCUGUCAACAAUGACUGCUAUGCAUUUUCAGCUGUUAGGGAAGGACUUCAUAAGCAUAUCCUCCAUUUAUCUCAAAUACUUCACAAGGAUAUAGCUGUUGCAGUAGAAAAUUUUGAGAAUUGUUCUUCAGAAUCAACUUUUGGAUGGGAGUCUGACGUAUCUUUUCCCAAGGUUCUUGGAGAUGUGAUUGAAUCUCUAGCGGGAGCUAUUUUUGUAGAUUCUGGAUACGACAAAGAGGUGGUCUUUCAGAGCAUAAAGCCACUUUUGGAGCCUUUGAUUACUCCAGAGACACUUAAAUUGCAUCCUGCGAGAGAGCUUAAUGAAUUAUGUCAAGUACAACAUUUUGAAGAGAGAAAACCUGUUUCUUCCCGCAGCAAUGGCAUGUCUUCUGUCACUGUUGAGGUUGAAGCUAAUGGGUUAAUAUUUAAACACACAUCUUCAGCUGGAGACAAGAGAACAGCUAAAAAAUUAGCUUCCAAAGAGGUUUUGAAGGCCUUGAAGGAUGCAUUUAACAUCUAGAGCAAAUUAGAUUGGUGUGCAAUAACCAUUCAAACUCUUCCUUUGUGCAUUCAAAAUUUUCAAAAUCCCCCACCUGGAAUUCUCAGUUGUCUGCUUCAUUUUUUGAUGCUUGGCGGCUCUUUUAUGAUGAUGCAUAAGCAGCAGCUAGCAUCCAUUGGUGUUCCUGUCAAAUUUUGGGGUUAUAAGAGCUACAAUUCUGCCAUAUUGUGCUGUAUUAGAUGCUGCAUAUUGUUUAAUUCAAAGUGUAAUUCGGACUUUUGUUUAAAAAAAUUUUUUUUUUCUUAUCAUUGGUGUCAUGAACGUAAAUAUGAAUCCAUUUAUAUCUUGCUUAUAA